CAACACCUUCACUACACGCCCAGAUCUUGGUUGAACAAUCCAAAAUCAACAAAGUAAAAUUAAUACAAAAUGGAAAUCGGAAGUCCUUCCGGAGACGAUUUAUCGUCACCGGCGGCAGUUACGGAGUUGCUGCCAUUAGCAUCCGCAUCACAACAACCGUACGUAUCGGAACUCCUUUCCUUCACUCUCGAUCGCCUGAACAAGGAGCCAGAGCUUCUUAGAGUCGAUGCGGAGCGAAUUCGGCGACAGAUGCAGGAAGUUGCGGUGAAUAACUACCGCGCAUUCAUCUCUGCUGCCGAUGCUUUGGUUUCGAUCCGUCACGAAGUCUCGUCAAUCGAUAAACAUCUCGAAUCUAUGAUUGCAGAGGUUCCGAAGCUGACAUCUGGCUGCUCAGAGUUCAUUGAUUCUGCAGAAAAGAUUUUGGAGGAGAGAGAGAUGAACAAAACAUUGCUGGAAAAUCAUAGUACUUUGCUUGACUUACUUGAAAUUCCUCAGCUUAUGGACACGUGUGUGAGGAAUGGAAACUAUGAUGAAGCUCUAGACUUGGAAGCUUAUGUUAGCAAACUCUCAACAAUGCACCCGAAACUACCAGUCAUUCAAGCACUUGCCGCAGAAGUUCGACAGACUACACAGUCUCUGCUCUCACAACUUCUCCAAAAACUAAGAUCAAGUAUUCAGUUGCCAGAAUGUCUUCGCAUUAUUGGAUAUUUACGAAGGAUAGGAAUAUAUAGUGAGUAUGAGAUGCGCCUACAGUUCCUAAGAUGCAGAGAGUCAUGGUUGUCUGGGAUCCUUGAUGACUUAGACCCAAGAGAUGCUUAUGAAUACUUAAAAAAGAUGGCAACCUAUCACCGGAUGCAUCUUUUUGAUAUUGUUAACCAAUAUCGUGCCAUAUUUGCUGAUGAUACAUCAGGAAGUGAAGAGAACUAUGAUGGUGGACUUCUCUUCAGUUGGAGCAUGCAUCAGGUUGCCUAUCAUCUUAAAACUCUCAAGAUCAUGCUCCCUAAGAUAACUGAAGGUGGGUCUUUGUCCAAUAUAUUGGACCAGUGCAUGUAUUGUGCCACGGGACUUGGUUGGGUUGGAUUAGAUUUUCGGGGAUUGCUUCCACCUCUCUUUGAAGAGGCUGUUUUAAACUUAUUUUCAAAGAAUAUGAGCACAGCUGUGGAGAAUUUUCAGUUGGUUUUGGAUUCACAUCGAUGGAUCGCACCAGUUGGCCUCUCACCCAAUAGCUUUGGUGAAGCAAGUCAGGAAGAUGUCCCACCACCUCCAGAGUUAAUGGAGCAUCCACCUCUUGCUGUUUUUGUGAAUGGUGUAUCUGUUGCAAUGAACGAGCUACGACCCUGUGCCCCAAUAAGUUUGAAACAUAUCCUUGCUCAAGAAUUAGUGAAAGGGCUGCGCGAGGUUUCUGAUUCUUUGUUGAGAUACAAUACCACCAGGGUGCUUAGGGAGAGUGAGUCUGUCCUUUUCCUGUCUCUGUGCCGGUCGUUUCUUGAGGUUGCUUAUCCACAUUGUGCUACAAGCUUUGGACGCUGUUACCUUGGAGGAUCCUCCCUUAUCACAGAUGGCAAUUACUUGUUUGAGGGACUUACUCGUCUUUUAACAGCAUAUUCCUCUAGACAUUUACCAAAGAGAGUUCAAAAUAUAGAAACAAAGAAUGUAUUAGAGAACGGAAAACCACCUUCAGUUGAAAAUGGAUCAGCUACAGAUGUCAAAGAAACAGAGAAUAGUAAUGUUGUUGAGGAACACAACACGGUAUCAGAAAGCCAGGAAAAACAAAGUGAAGAAUAAACCCUAAAUGUUUGUUAUAAUGUUACAGUUUGUAUUAUAAACCUAUAUUGCAGGCUUACAAAUGCAAUACCAGUGAGAUUGUUAGCUGCUGCUUAUAUUUUCUAUAAAGUAAUUUUUUGGUUGAGGUGUAGUUAGUAAGAUCCAGUAUAUGAAAACUCUAUAUCCAAAGUUGGAAUUGUUUAAUGUUUUUCCGUUGUAUCCUUUGAGUUAA